GUUGAGAUUUAGAAACAAACACGUGGGAAUGGAACAUGCGAACAAUUUUCUCUUUUAAAAGAAUACUUCUAAUCGAGGAAGCAGCAGAGGAAGUAAGUACAGUGAGCGUGAGGCAGGCCAGUGCUCAACUGGACAUGACUGGUAGGUUGGAAGUUCCGUUGGUAAGCUAGCAAAACAUUUUGUUUUGGAUAAACAAACGAAUGAGUAAUAUGUUAAAUGGAGGCUCUAAACCCCUCCACAUAUGUUGCUGUUGAUGAACUACUCUUAAGAUGGCUGUUGCUGAUCACGAAGAAAAGAAUUAUAGGCAAACAUUGUUGGACAAGACCAACAGCAGCAGCAGCGGCCGCUACUAUGAGAACUGCCCAGGUUGCCAGCUUGACCUCUUCAAGCAGACCAAUCCUGCCAUUCCAGUCAAGCAUUUGUUCUAUGUUUGGAUUGUUGUGCUCUGCGCAGCUUUGCCCAUUUCCUCUCUUUUUCCUUUUCUUUAUUUUAUGAUAAGGGACUUCCAUAUUGCAAAAAGGGAGGAAGAUAUUGGUUACUAUGCUGGUUAUGUAGGAUCUGCAUUUAUGUUAGGAAGAGCUUUGACUUCUGUUCUUUGGGGAGUAAUUGCUGAUCGAUAUGGUCGAAAGCCUGUCAUAGUAUUUGGCAUGAUAGCAGUGUUAGUAAUCUUGGAUAUCGGUUUGACAUGUGAAUUUCAUCUGUCAAAUUCUGCAAGUACAAGCUUUUGGAUGGCAAUUUCUCUGAGGUUUCUUCUUGGAAGUCUGUGUGGCAUACUUGGUCCGAUGAGGGCAUAUGCCUCAGAAGUUUGCCGUAAAGAAUAUCAAGCUUUAGGAAUGUCAAUUAUAAGCACAUCAUGGGGCAUUGGGCUAGUCAUUGGUCCAGCUCUUGGAGGCUUUCUUGCACAGCCUGUAGAGAAAUAUCCAAACAUAUUUUCCAAAGUUUCUAUUUUUGGGAGGUUUCCAUACUUCUUACCUUGCCUUCUGAUAUCAAUCUUUACAUUGGCUGUCCUAGUUGUUUGUUGUUCGCUUCCGGAGACAUUGCAUAACCAUAAAGGAAAGGAAAAAGAAUGUGACUAUUUGUGUGAUGAUCAAGAAUCCAAUGUUGAUGAGUCCAACUCAAAUAAAAGAGCACAAAUGAACAAAGGAAAAAGCUCAACUCCUGAAGAAAGCCUUUUGAAAAAUUGGCCCUUAAUGUCAUCCAUCAUUGUGUAUUGCAUAUUCCAACUUCACGACAUGGCAUAUACAGAGAUUUUCUCAUUAUGGGCUGUUAGUCCUAGGAAGAACGGGGGAUUGAGCUAUUCCACUGCAGAUGUUGGUGAAGUUCUUGCAAUUUCAGGAUUUGGAUUACUACUCUUUCAAUUAUUGUUAUACCCACUGGUGGAGAGAAAUUUAGGACCAGUCACAGUAUCUCGCAUAGGCGCAGUCAUGACUGUACCACUGUUGUCCAGUUAUCCUUUUAUAGCAUUGCUGACGGGCGUCAGCCUCACGCUAUUGGUUGGCUGUGUAUCUGUACUGAAGAAUGUGCUUUCUGUAGCAAUCACAACAGGAUUAUUCCUUCUACAAAAUAGAGCUGUGACACAAAAGCAAAGAGGAGCUGCAAAUGGAAUUUCAAUGUCCGCAAUGUCUUUAUUCAAAGCAAUCGGUCCAGCUGCCGGAGGUUCUUUCUUUUCUUGGGCUCAAAAACGUCAAGAUGCUUUCUUUCUUCCAGGUGAUCAAAUGGUUUUCUUCCUUCUGAACACUGUUGAGGUGAUUGGACUGCUGAUGACCUUCAAACCUUUUCUAGCUCUACCUGACAACAAUAUUUCGUAGAGCUUUUCUAGCGGUUCACUUCAAACAAUACAUCAAAGCUUCGUGAAGAGUAAAAAUUUCUUUCACAUCUUCUGUCAUCCUUUCCCUCGUUUGGUAUAUACUAGUUGAAGAUAAAAUAGCACGCAGUGUGCACAUGUAAAUGAAAUCGCAGAACAUUUUGGUCAAUUUUCAUCCUUGAAGAUAGUCUUGUAAUGCCUUCGGCAAUCUUGUCCUUUCAAUUUGUACUGAAUGUUGGGGAAUAGUAAACGUUUACCCAUAUGUAAUUGCCUUUUAAUUGGUUGAAGAAAUAUAAUAAGAAUUAUAGUAA